AUCUAAUUUCUCCUUUCCCAUAACAGAAAGUUUGUUACAACACCAAAAGGGGAAGUAACUAAACAUGAAGAAGCUCUUCUUUAAGCCCAAAACCCCAUCGUUUUCAUUUGUCCACCAUCAUCCUCCAUCUAUGCCUGGAACCCCACGGAGGUCGAACCUCCCCGAUCCCAGAAAUGUCGAAGAAGAGAGAUGUAUCGCAGAAGCAGAGGCACUGAUCCUGAAAUGGGACUCGGAAACCUCUGCUUAUGCCAAAGUGACAUCUCUCUUCUUCGAGGAUAAAACCGAAGCAAAACACUACACCAACAGUGUUAUCCUGCUUCAGAAAGCCAUGCAUUCAUUGCUCUCUAACAACCCUUCCUCCGAGAAGCUAAUCCUCGCUCAACGCCUCAUGCAGAUGGCAAUGAAGCGACUCAGGAAAGAGUUCUACCAGAUUCUAUCCAUGAACCGGGCUUACCUCGACCCCGAAUCGGUCUCCGUUAGAUCCUCCCGGACCUCCAUCCACUCUAGCACCUCCGACUACGACGAGGAAGAAGACGAAAUCCGCGCUGCUGGAGACUCAAUCUCUGAGGUGGAGCUGGUUUCCUCCGUCGCCAUGGAUGAUCUUAGAACCAUCGCUGACUGCAUGAUCUCCUGCGGCUACGCUAGAGAAUGCGUCACCGUUUACAAUUCCAUCAGAAAAUCCAUCGUUGACGAAGGCAUUUACCGCCUCAGCGUGGAGAAGCUCAGCCACGCGCGGUUGAACAAGAUGGAUUGGGAGGUUCUAGAUUUGAAGAUCAAGAGUUGGUUAGAAGCAAUGAGGAUUUCCGUUAGAACACUCUUCAACGGAGAGAGAAUUCUCUGUGACCACGUCUUCAGUUCCUCAGACUCCAUCAGAGAAUCAUGCUUCGCUGAAAUUUCCAGGGACGGUGCCACUCUUAUCUUCGGAUUCCCGGAACUAGUUGCAAAGGCAAAGAAAUCACCGCCGGAGAAAUUGUUCAGCGUGCUCGACAUGUACGCCGUAACAACCGCUCUGUGGCCGGAGAUUGAAUCAAUCUUCUCCUCAGAUGCUACCUCCGCCGUUAGAUCUCUAGUCCUCACCUCACUUCAACGGCUGGCCGAGUGUGUUCAGAUAAUGCUCGCGGAGUUUGAAACCACGAUCCAGAAGGAAGCUUCUAGAUUACCGAUGAACGGCGGUGGAGUUCACGCGCUCACGAUCCAAACGAUGAAUUACCUCUCAACUCUCGGCGAUUACGGCGGCGUGCUCCCUGACAUAUUCUCCCGCGCGGAUUUGCCACCGUCGUCGGCGGGGCUACCGGAAUCUUACUUGUACAGUCCGGAAUCCGACGACUCGACGGCGCCGGCGCUCACAGCGCGCGUGGCGUGGCUGAUCCUCGUUCUCCUUUGCAAACUCGAUAGCAAGACGAAGCAAUUGAAGGACAUUUCACUUGCUUACCUGUUUCUGGCAAACAAUCUCCGGCAUGUCGUCACCAGAGUCCGCACCUCGAAUCUGCAGUACGUGCUCGGCGACGAUUGGGUCGCGAGGCACGAAGAUAAGGUGAAGCGAUUCGUUGCGAACUACGAGAAAAUGGCGUGGCGGGAAGUGUUUGCGUCGUUGCCGGAAAAUCCGACUGCGGCGGAGGCGAGGGCGGUGUUCGAGAAUUUCAAUCACCGUUUCGAGGAGGCGUAUCGGAAACAGAACUCGUUUGUGGUGGCUGACAGGGAGUUGCGAGAUGAGAUAAAGGGAUCGAUCGCGAGAAAGAUAGUGCCGAGAUAUCGCGAGUGGUAUAAUGCGGUGGUUGGCACGGUGGGAUCGGUGAGGGAAAUGGCGGAGAUGGAUUUUGUCACUUUUACCCCUUUGGAUGUUGAUAAUUACUUGGCUAACCUUUUCUUUUUUAGAAAAAGCAACAGUGGUGUAUCGUCGCCGGCGUCGUCUGUGACUUCGUCUUCUCACCAGCGGCGGAUUUUGGUUCACAAUUUCUAAGACGACUGAUUCCGCCGUUAUUUAUUCCUGACCUAAGGUCAAAGAAAAAGGAUAAAAGAAAGUUUUGAACAUGUGCCAGAAGACAUAAGAUAACGACUUUUUUUGUGAACUGUAUUUCUCUGAUGCUGAUAUAGGUUUGAAUUUUUUGCAUCAAGGUUAAUUGUAUUUAUACAUGUAAAAUAAUACUGUCCAACCCAAUUCAUCCCCUUGAUAGAAAAAAAUAUAUAUGUGAAGAAUAAAAUGGGGGAAUUGUAAUUGAAGAAAAAUAUGUGUGGAUACAUCAAAAUUGUUUACACAUGCAAGACUUUUAGCAUGAUUAAUUGAUAUGUUGUACUCAUAUUAAUAUCUUUCAUCUAAUUAUUCACUCUCUUUAUUUA